CUGAAGCCGCGUCGCGCGGGCCGAGGGCUCCUGCAGCUGCUCGCGCGCAGCCGGAGGCGGAGGAGAAGGACGAAGACUGAGACUGACACUUCUGCUCCCGGCCGCCUGCCACUUACGCGGGGGCCCCCCAACCCGCCCCAGAGCAACGCGAUUUAAAAAAAAAAGCCGCCCUUAGCCCCCUCCUCCCCUUUCCUGCUUCUGCGAGAACUCCCUCCCUCCCUCCAGCUUCGCCAGCCCAGGCGCCCCUUCCCUGGAAGCCGAGCGGCUUCGUUCGCAUUUCACCGCCGCCGCCUCUUGCAAUAUUGCAAUAUAGGGGAAAAGCAGACCAUGGUGAAUCCGGGCAGCAGCUCGCAGCCGCCCCCGGUGACGGCCGGCUCCCUCUCCUGGAAGCGGUGCGCAGGCUGCGGGGGCAAGAUUGCGGACCGCUUUCUGCUCUAUGCCAUGGACAGCUACUGGCACAGCCGGUGCCUCAAGUGUUCCUGCUGCCAGGCGCAGCUGGGCGACAUUGGCACGUCCUGUUACACCAAAAGCGGCAUGAUCCUUUGCAGAAAUGACUACAUUAGGUUAUUUGGAAAUAGCGGUGCUUGCAGCGCUUGCGGACAGUCAAUUCCUGCGAGCGAACUCGUCAUGAGGGCGCAAGGCAAUGUGUAUCAUCUUAAGUGUUUUACAUGCUCUACCUGCCGGAAUCGCCUGGUCCCGGGAGAUCGGUUUCACUACAUCAAUGGCAGUUUAUUUUGUGAACAUGAUAGACCUACAGCUCUCAUCAAUGGCCAUUUGAAUUCACUUCAGAGCAAUCCACUACUGCCAGACCAGAAGGUCUGCUAAAAGGUCAGAGUAAUGCAGAAUGCGUGCCUUCAUCUCAGAUUUGUUCAUCACAGGUGGAUCCCAUGUGUCUUCAGUAGACAAGUCACCUUUGUAGCUAGCACCAGUGCCAGCUCCAUGCCAUUGCACCUUCUUUAGUCUUGAUUGCCCUUCCCGCAUUUAUUGGUGUAUUAAAAUGACUGAAUAUGAACAUUAAGGACUCCAUGAACCUGGGCUAAUGGGAGACUGUAGAGAAAAUGAAAAAAGAUCCACCAGAGGACAUCUUGUGGGGCGGGGGGAGGGAGCUGGGGGGGAGGGAAAUGACUAAUGAAGCUAAUUAAAAGAAGCAUUCAAAUCUGCUUUCUACCCUCAUUAACAAUUAGCAGGGCACUGGCCAGAGUUUGUACCCUGUGUUUUACCUUAACAACAUUCUAUUUGCUCUUUGUAUAUUUAAGUGUUGUAAGGAAACGUGUUUCAAUCAAAACUGAACAUGAGAUAAAGGAAAGAGAUGUGGCUUUUGUGAUACUCUAUCACAAACACUUAUUGUAUCUCUGUAAAAUACAAUGUAUGUAUGCAUGUAAGUGUUUUGUCCUAAUGUUGCUACUCCCAUGGCAAAGAAAAAAAAAGAAUGAAAAAAAGAAAAAAAAAUUGGAUAAAAAAAAUCAGGCUCAUAGCAGCUACUGUGUAGAAAAUUCCCCCACUUCUAAUUUGCUGAAUGAAGAAAAAAAAAAAUCUUUUAUUUGUGAUAUUUUCAGAGACAUUUGCUCUAGUAUGGUGUAUUUAAAUAAUAAAAACUUAAAAGAAAAAAUAUUUAAUGGUGUUUGGGUUUAAACACUGCUUUUUCUUUUCUGUAUUUUGGAAACAUUCAGUUUUUAUUGUUGAAUAACAAGCUCACUUUAAAUUUGAAGGAGUUGAGGGAGGUGGUAUAUUUAUUUAGCUCUGGACCAGUAAGAUAUUCUUCAAAUUACUUAACCACGCCAUCCAUUAUUGGCAGGGGUACAAAGCAAAGUUUCUAACAGAGCCCUUUCUAUAAGUCAAGAAUAUUCUGUUAACAGCAUUUCGUUACACUUCUAGAUCACAGUAAGUCUUUUGUGUUUAUAUAUAAAUACUUGAGUAUCCACUAUUUUGUUUAUUCUUUUUCUCAAUAGCAAAGCCUUGGGUAUUGAUGAAAAGUAUGUAAAAAAAAAAUAUAUAUAUAUAUAUAUGACACAACCAUCCUGCUCUCUUACCAAGUUUAUAGCUUUUGAAGGAAGUCACAAUUUCUAAGUCAUAACUGUACAUAUUUUGAAACUCACCUAGUUGUAGGGACCCAGAGUUCUUUUAUAGUGAUCUUUGAUGGGUGAAGUAGCUGUUUCCUGGUGACCUUUAGGCUCGUGUGGUCGACUAUAAGAUAUGUUUAUUUUGUUUUGCUCCUAGACUUCUUUACUGACUCUGCCUUUCUGUAUGUAUUUUGGGGGAAGAUUCUGACUUCAUUUAGUCUUAGUCUUGAGAUACUGAGUUGCUGGUUGCAGGCAGCAGAAUGUCCACGACAGCGCCUGUACUGCCCGCAGAGCUGCCCUCCGGAAAGCAUGUGGGUAUAACACAGCUAGUGUUAGAAGGAGGAAAACCAAAUAGGCCUGCAGGCUGAGGUUGUACUGCCAGCUUCCUUAGAUGUGAGCAAAUUUCAACUAUAACUUCCAUCACAGACUAAUAAAACCAGGUGUGUGAACACUAGUAUUUAAAAUUUUCUUUUUUAAGAUGGCAUUUAUUUUGUUCCAGAAAAGCGCCUGGUGUAGACCCUCCCUCUGAGAAUAGCCAUGGAGCCAUGUAGAGAGGUCUAGCCCAGCACAUCUCAACUACCAGUCAGCUUCCCUUUGAGAAAUGUGCUCACUUCCUGUUUUCAGAGAUUCCAGGGCAGGGGGGAAAAAAAUCAGUUGCUUGAACCUCAAACCUGGAGGAGAUUGUAAAGGCAGAGUUGAAGUGAAUAGUUUUGUUAGAACCUUAUAAAAACAAAAUGCAAGGAAAUAAUAUGAAGAAAUCACAUAUAUAUCUGUUUGAAUUAGAUGUCUCUCUGAAUUAGAUCCUUGGGGAAUUUCUUCAAGCUAGUUCUGGUUCUUACAUUUGUUUUUGUUUUUGUUUUUUUCCUUUAAGAAACUUUCUCAAGGAAGUUAGACUGGGAUGGUAAAGGGGGAAAUAUGCUAAUGAGAUUGCAGGCAUUUUCUAUAUUCUUUUUGGCAUGAGCACUCAUGUCCCUGAUAGUGUAGAAAUUCAAAGGAGGUGGUUAAUAAUUUUAGUAAAUAAUAUAUUGUGGCAUUUAGUGAUGUGGAGGGCUAAGGUCAUUACAGACUUUAAAUAAACUAUUAUAUGGCUGGUUCCUCAAGCACUGCUGCGUAUUUAAUAAUGAGCUUCUAAAAGCAUUUCUUAAGUUGCAGACCUAUAAGAUUACAAAUGUCACUCAUGUUAGUAUAAUCCACAUGCAAGUGAUGAAGCCUUCUCUUUGAUGUGCUAAAUUGGAGAAGGACUAAUGGAGCUAUGAAUAUACAAUAGAACAUAUUUAAGUAGUAGUCUUGCUUUAGGUAAAACACUUUCUUGAAACCAGAGGCAUUUCAAACAAUAAAACCCGGCUCUAAUGGGGAUGCUCUGUGUGGAUGGAAGGCUACUAAAAACACUCAGGUUUAUUCAGAUGUGAGCAGCGAUUGUGUGCAGUUCCUCCCCCAACCUCAACAUUGCUUAGGAAAAAAAAAAAAAAAGUCUAUGAGUUUAUUCUACCUUUCAUCCAUUGCAUUUGUAAUGUUACUAGUUAGCGAGAUGGACACUUCUUUUGAAAGGAUUUACUUAAUAUUAAGCAUGUCAUAGAGCAAGAUGGCCCCCAGUCCCUACAAGCAAGUGCAAUUAAAAAUAAAAGCAAAUGUUACUUAGCCCUGCUGAACCAAUAAAAAAAAUUAUGUUUAUGAUACAUUUAAAUGUCUCAAUCAUGCAAAUUGUCACUCUUGCUAAUGAAACAAUUUUGUAAAAAGAUUGUCCUCUAAAAGGGUUUAAUGUUUUUUACCUAUCUGUCUAGUUAGAUUUACACAUCCCGCAAGGAAGGGGAGCCUGAAGCUUUUCCAAACCAAAUUGUCACUAGAAACUAUUUUCAGCUCUUUCAUGAUUUAUUAGGAAAUAGUUUAACCUGGACUGUAGUGUCUUAUAAAAUACAAAAUGAGAAAACUGUCACACCAAAAUGAAGUUGUGAAAUUGUCAUCCUCUUAACAUUAGCUGUGUUUAAAUUCUUUUGCCCUUAUUAACAGAUAUUUGAAACAACUGAGCAUCUAAAAUGAAGCCCUUAAAGGGCUUCAAAUGUCAAUAUAGUAAGAUUCUAAUGUGUACUACUAUUUAUAUAAAAUAUUUCUUAGGGCCCAUAAAUCAUAUAACAGUGAACCCAAGAUCUACAUAUGGAGUCUAGUGAAGAGUUUCUGUGUAGCCUAAUUGUAUUUAAAUUAAGGAAAUCAAAAAAUCCUUUCACCCUUCACCCCAAAGACCCCUUCACCCUUCACCAGGGAGUUCUGUCCUGGGUGCUGUCCCACCUAUGACUCCUUUAAGAGGCCAUUGGAAAAAGGCCAUUUACAAGUUAAUGUUACUUGUAGCUUUGUUACUAAGACUCACCUAUUGUUAGUCCGGCCAAGUCACAGAAAUGCUUAUUGCAGUUAAAUAGCAAUUUGUUUCCAUGAAACUGCAAUUAAAGUAUUACUGAGCAGCCAUUUUAGAUUGGCAGUGCUCUGAACGCAUGUUAAACAGCCAGCUACUCCCACUUGCAGAGUCUGAGAUCUGACUAGCAGCAAAGUGUAACACAUUCACCGAUGCUGGGUACCUAGUUAAAGAGGCAUUUGUAGCCCUCUGCUCCCAUAGUGAACAUGCUGAGAGCAAUGACAAGUGGGGGCUGAUUUUUGGAAGGUGAACUUGCAACUUACCUCAAGUGAAUACUGUUUUCAGUUGUACAAGAAGUGCUUUAUGCUAGUAGAUACGUGCAUGUUUCCUAGAGGGAAUAUUUUCAAGUUCAGAUUGAUUCUGCUGAGAAUGGACGGCAACUCGGAGGCCUCAAGCCAAUAAUGUACUACAGGCCCUGACAUGUUACAGCUGUGUAAACAGGGCCAUUCUAUUUCCUAAAUCACAACUAAUAAAGCAGAGGAUGAAAAUCAA